GAUAGCCGUCCGCUUUUGGACCAGAGGUAGCUGUUCACGAUACCGCCAGGAAGAAGAAGAAGGGGAAGGAGGAGCGCUGUCAUGGCGGCCAAGGUGGUGAUGGUGGCCGUCCCGACGGUGCUGGGAAUAGCCUCCAUCCGCGUGUACACUGUGGACGAAGCGCCCGCCGAAGGACUGGUUUCCCGAGAGAAGCUGAACAUCUACACGCCGCUGCCGGGUUCUGCUCAGGCCAAGUUUGUUCCAGAGCAUCCCGGUGUCAUUGAGAGACGAUUAACAGCAAUCAGAGAGCGUGUGGUGCCGUUUGUCCAAUCUGUCAAGGGUGCCUGCGUCUCUGUGAAAAGGGGAAGUGUAAAUCUUUAUCACGCAGGAGAGGAUGCAUACUAUUACCUGAUUGACCCACCGCCGGGGUUUCUACCCAGAUUUGGCACCAUCACCAUGGCUGGCCUGCUUGGCAUGUUCUUGGCCAGAAAAGGCUCUAGUCUUAGGAGGUUGGCGGUCCCUCUGGGCCUGAUGAGCGCUGGAGCGUCGGUGUGCUACCCGGCCCAGACUGUGGCCGUGCUCAAGGUGACGGGAAAGAAGGCGUACGCCGCGGGUCAGUGGAGCAGCGCUGCCGUGUCGUCACUGCUGGCCUCCAAGGAGCCUGUUGCCAAGGAGAUUAUAGCUGCACAGCCAAAGUCAGAUACUGAACCAAAAGCAGAAUCCCCCACGGCUGAGGACGUCCCAGCCCCCGAUUCCACUACCGAAACCUCAGCGACACCAGAGGCCGAAGUGGAGUCGGCCGAAUCUGCCCCGGCCUCCGUGGAGCCCGUUGUGAACGUCUCCCCAGAGGAGGAGCCAUCGCUGCCUCUCACAGAAUCGCCUCCCGAUGGCGCCCCGGCUCAGAGCGCCGCGGCAGCAGACGGAGGCGCCGCAGACGCCGAGCCAGCCGAGCCCACGCCGAGCUCAGAGCCAGAGACAGCCGAGGCCGCCCCGGUCCAGUCUGCCCCGUCCUCUGAAGUUACAUCUGCUCCGGAGGCCUCAGACCAGCCCACAGCCUCUGAAGCAAACCAGGCAGCAGACCACCUCCCCACUGACACCAGGCCAGCUGAGCCCACGUCCAGCUUGGAGGCGGUUCCGGUGGCUGAAGAGGCUCCAGAGGUUUCAGAGGCUCCAGAGGUUUCAGUGGCUCUAGAGGCUUCAGAAGCUCCUUCCGAAGCUCCAGAGGCUACAGAAGCUACAGAGACUCCAGAGGCUCCAGAGGUUUCAGAGGCUCCUUCAGAAGCUCCAGAGGCUCCUUCAGAAGCUCCAGAGACUCCAGAGACUCCAGAGGCUCCAGAGACUUCAGAUGCAGCAGCAGGUAGUAAAGAAGUGACGACAACUUCUGGAACAGGGUGCCGAGAGGGCUCUGGUUUCAAGCCAGACCCAGCUAUUAUGGACUUUGGCCAGUCCAGCCCAGAGGAUGAGGACCUGUACAGCACACGCAGCUGA